AUGAAGUCCAUGUCGGGUACCAUUGCCCUGCUGGUAGCAGGCGUCGUUCCCCUAGUCGCCGGCCAUGGGUACCUUACAAUACCCUCAAGCCGCACUCGACUUGGGUAUGAGGCCGGUGUAGACACCUGCCCCGAAUGCACCAUCCUCGAGCCGGUCGCCUCGUGGCCGGACCUCGACUCGGCGGCCGUCUCUCGUAGCGGCAUCUGCGGGUACAACGCGCGAGUCAGCGUCGACUACAACCAGCCGUCCAGCACCUACGGCUGGGGCGAGGACACGGUGGCGAGCUACAAUGCGGGUGACACCAUCGACGUGCAGUGGUGCGUCGACCACAACGGCGACCACGGGGGCAUGUUCACCUACCGAUUGUGCAGCAACCAGACGCUGGUGGACCUGUUUCUCGAUCCCACCUAUUUGCCCAGUGACGAUGAGAAGCAGGCCGCCGAGGACUGCUUCGAGGCUGGCGUGCUCGCGUGUACGGACGUGGAUGGGAAUGAGUGCGAUUACAGCGCCGACUGCACGGAGGACGAGCCGUGCUGGCGCAAUGACUGGUUCACCUGCAACGGCUUCGAAGCGGCGACUAAUCCGAAAUGCCAAGGCGUCGACAAUGCGGCUUUGGGGUCGUGCCUCACGACCAUUGCAGGCGGCUACACCGUCUCGAAGCAGGUAAAGAUCCCGGCCGAUUUCGCGAGCAGCGGGCACACCCUGCUGAGCUGGAAGUGGAACUCGUUCCAGACGGGGCAGAUAUACCUCAGCUGUGCCGACAUUGCGAUCGUGGGCGGCGGUGAUGGUGGCGGUAGUACGUCCACGUCCACAUCUACAGCUGUACCGACAACGACGUCUACGGCUGUACCGACAACAACAUCUACAACCACCCCCUGCUCGCUUAGCAGCGUGGCCGUGACCUUCACCGAGCAAGUCACCACGACCUACGGCCAGACGAUCAAGUUGGUCGGCUCGAUCUCCGAGCUCGGCAACUGGGACGUGGACUCCGCGCCCGCGCUGUCGGCCGCGCAGUACACGACCGCGAACCCCGUAUGGACUUACACGGUGAACUUGGCACCGGGUACAACGUUUGAGUACAAGUUUAUCAACGUCGCGUCAUCGGGGACGGCGAGCUGGGAGAGCGAUCCGAACCGAAGCUACACUGUGGCUGGCACGGAUUCGUCGUGCGAGAGUGCUGUCAUUGUGGGCAGCACCUGGCGAUAA